AUGGGAGUGACGAUAAUAGAAGUACUGGGUCCUUCUGACAAGGAUGUGGAAAAGGAUGACUUAAUAAAGCUAGUUUAUCUAGAAAAAGUGAUAAAGGAGAGUCUUCGCCUGUACCCAAUAGCGCCUGCUUUUCCACGAGUGUCACACGCGGAAUUGAAAAUCAAUAACUACACGUUUCCAUCUGGAACUACAUUUGUGAUUGACGUCUUCGGCCUUCAUCGGCAUCCAAUAUGGGGACCUGAUGCCACCAUCUUCAGACCCGAGAGAUGGGAUAACCUGGACUCGUUGCCGAAGGAGUUCAGUCCAUUUGGAGUGGGCAGACGGACUUGUAUCGGUAUAUUAUUAUCCUUUAUUUUCCUUUUAACCAAUGUUUUGCGAUGUGAAAAACAUAUUAAUCCCGGCGAACCGAACUCGUCCCGGGCAGCCGAAGAUAGAGUGUUCAGUAUCCAAAAGGGAAAAGUGUACGCGAUGAUGUCAAUGAAAAUAUUAUUAGCGCAUCUUCUAAGGCGAUUCAAAGUGAUUUCGGAUAUUACCAAAUUGGAUCUCAAGUUGGACUCGCUGUUAAGACCUGAAUCCGGUUACGAAAUCAAAAUAGAGCUGAGACAAUAACGUUUGAUUGAUCCUUAAAUAAAUAUCUAUUAAUUUGUUAAGUGUGAUUUUUCAUUAGAUACAACCAGGGCCCUGAUUCUGCUAAUUACAAUGGCCGAUGAAUGAAUGGCAAUUGGAUUAUUAUUCCAUUAACUCAUAACCAUCAUCCUAGCCUUUUCCCGACAACUUUGGGGUCGGCU